CUCCCUUUUCUGGAAGCAGAGUUAGUCGCAGUUGCUAUGGAGAAGAUCAGAGAGCAAUUUUCCAGUCUCCAAAUAGCAAGACGGAGCACGCUAACAGAAGACCCAACUUACUUGCUGGACAUAGAUAUUUCAAGAGGAGAAGGAAACCGUUUAGUGGCUGUCUCCCACUCCAACAAAUCGAUUGGCAUUUCUGACAGAGAGACGUUGCAAUUGCUACGGGAGUACCGUAGCCAUCAUGGAUUGCUCAGCGGGGUCAGGUUUGCACAUGAGCAUGCGGCCAUGCUGUUUUCAGCCUGCAGCGAUGGAACAGUGAAAUGUUGGGACACACGUUUAGCUAGCCCGGAGGCAGCCCGGUUGUUUUGUGGCUAUCCUUCAAACAUCUUCAUUAGUUUUGACGUCAACAGCAACGAUCUCAUUGUUUGUGCUGGCACAGAGAAGGUGGAAGACGAUGUGUUCAUGGCAUUCUGGGAUGUCCGAGGUGGCACAAGCAGCGCCCCUUCCAGCAAAAGCCCUUUGGGCGUGUAUUCAGAGUCUCACAAUGAUGACAUCACAAAAAUCUGUUUUCACCCCAGCCAGCCAAACUUGGUGGUUUCGGGGUCAACCGACGGGCUGGUGAACGUAUUUGACAUUAACCGGGACAGUGAAGAUGAUGCUUUGACAUCAACUUGCAACUCAGGUUCGUCCGUCAGUUUUGUUGGAUGGUCUGGGAAAGAUUUUCGGCAAGUCUACUGCCUGACGCACGAUGAAGGGUUUUCUUGGUGGGAUCUCGCCCAGCUGGAUACCGAGGAGCCAAUCACACUGUUGCAAAUCCCCGAUGCUAGAGAAGCAGCCAGCCUAGGAAAGACCAAGCUGGACUACUUGAUUGGCGGCCUGUAUCAUGAGAAGUCGGACCAGCUCUUCAUACUUGGAGGAACCUCAACGGGAAGCAUCCAUCUCCUGGACUGUGGCUGUGAUGGUCUGAGACCAGUGGGAACCCUUCAAGGAGGACACUCGGCCACAGUCCGCUCUUUUUACUGGAACGUGGCGGAUGAUUCUCUGUUGACUGGUGGAGAGGAUGCUCAGUUGUUGCUGUGGAAACUCGGAGCUGUGGAGAAGGUCCUUGGGAAGAAGACCUCGAUGAAAAUGGCUUCCUCCGUUCGCCAGCGAGUGAGAGUUCGCCAGAACUCUCUCAAGAGCAAGAAGAAAUGA